UGGGUGGGGGCUACCGUUUUCUUUUGUAAAAUGUAAGCUGUCACAAUAUAUGAAUUGCUCAUAAAAGCCAAUUAGAUCUAUAGCUGCAUGUAUAUUGGUUUGUCUUGACAAAAGCUACUAGUUAAACAGUAUUUGGGUUAACACACACACACACACACACACACACACACACACACAGAGUCCAGGAGCUCAGCCACAUAAGCUAGUUUUGAGGCAGCAGGUGGAGAGCCCCUAGUCUACGUCAGCCCCUGCUUCCACAGUGAAACGACCUGGCCGGCCCACCUUUGGAGCUAGGGCGCGAACCAGAGAGAAAUCGAUCGUCCCGGCUGCCUAGGCACCCCUCAAACGGUCCAGGAUCCUGCACAUGGCACUGUCCGGAACCUCCGACCCCUCCGGGGAUGAGGCAGGUAGCGAGGAGAUGCCCUUCCUGCUGCGGGCCCUGCAGAUCGCCCUGGUGGUCUCCCUUUACUGGGUCACCUCCAUCUCCAUGGUGUUCCUCAACAAGUACCUGCUGGACAGCCCCUCCCUACAGCUGGACACCCCCAUCUUCGUCACCUUCUACCAAUGCCUGGUGACCGUGGUGCUAUGCAAGGGCCUCAGCAUACUGGCCACCUGCUGCCCAGGCAUCGUGGACUUCCCCGCCCUGCGCCUAGACCUCAGGGUGGCCCGCAGCGUCCUGCCACUGUCCGUGGUCUUUAUCGGCAUGAUCACCUUCAAUAACCUCUGCCUCAAAUACGUCGGUGUGGCCUUCUACAACGUGGGCCGCUCGCUCACCACGGUCUUCAACGUGCUGCUCUCCUACCUGCUGCUCAAGCAGACCACCUCCUUCUACGCCCUACUCACCUGUGGCAUCAUCAUCGGUGGCUUCUGGCUGGGUGUGGACCAGGAGGGGGCUGAGGGCACCCUGUCUCUGCUGGGCACAGUCUUUGGGGUACUGGCCAGCCUCUGCGUUUCUCUCAAUGCCAUCUAUACCAAGAAGGUGCUCCCAGCCGUGGACGGCAGCAUCUGGCGCCUGACCUUCUACAACAACGUCAAUGCCUGCGUCCUCUUCCUGCCACUGCUCCUGCUGCUCGGGGAGCUCCAGACCCUCUGGGACUUUGCCCAGCUGGGCAGUGCCCACUUCUGGGGGGUGAUGACACUGGGCGGGCUGUUUGGCUUUGCCAUUGGCUACGUGGCAGGACUGCAGAUCAAAUUCACCAGCCCGCUGACCCACAACGUGUCGGGCACAGCCAAGGCCUGUGCCCAGACAGUGCUGGCCGUCCUGUACUACGAGGAGACCAAGAGCUUCCUGUGGUGGACCAGCAACCUGCUGGUGCUGGGUGGUUCCUCCGCCUACACCUGGGUGCGGGGCUGGGAGAUGAAGAAGGUUCAGGAGGACCCCAGCCCCAAGGAGGACGAGAAGAGCGCCAUGGGGGUCUGAGCUGCUGUGGGGACCCAGGGAGAAGACCCAGGUGGUUCCAGAGCAGCACAGAAAGCUGCCCUGGUGGCCAGAGGUGGCCUGGCACAGAGUGGGCAUUGCUUACAGACCUGAGGGGAACGCUGUGGCUGUGGCUGUGGCCACUGGGGAAGCCGGUGUUUGAAAAGAAUGUCAGGAAGUUGCCAGACCUGCCUCUCUCCAGAGCACCCCCUCCUGCUCCUCCCAGGGCCUGUCUACCUCCACUUCAUGCCUGGGUUUGGGUUACGUGAUAUCAGUGAAGUGAAGCCUUUGCUCACACUCAGGGGACAUGGGGUAUGACCACAUCACAGCCCACUGAAGGGGACUGGGAAACCCCACAUCCCCAGGCCCUGGGCAGAUAGCAUAGCUUAGGCUCCAGCCUGCUUUGGGAGGGAAAUGUGGGAUGACUGAGGAGAUAGACCAGUGUCCCUUCUCUUCUGCCCCGAUGAGCAGGUCAGAGUCACUUUUACCCAUGACUGACCCUGGCACCCACAGCGGUAACUGGGAAUGAAGUAGAUCAAAAACACCCACCCUCUGCACCCCAUGUUUGCAGUUUCAGAACAUGGGGGAGCUGUAUCUUUUACAGGCUAAGUAGGGUCAUUAACCUUCCCCAACCCAGUGACCCUGCCCCGGCCCCUCUCACAGCCACCCAGCUCAGGGGCCACCCCUUGGAAGCAGAGCUUGAGAGCUGGUUCUCCCCGCUCUGCCUCUCCAGACCCUCUGCGUUGGGUGCUCAGCCCCCCACUCCUGAAUCUGAGCCUCUUCUGUAAUGAAGUGAUAAACCCAUUUUCCUUCCUCCCUGGGGUUGGGACUGAAACAAACUGCUUGUCACAAGCCUUAGUCCCCCAGGCUCCUGUGGCAACAUACCAGAGACCAGGGUGCUGAGGGGCAGAAGCUGGGUUCUCACAGCCCUAGAGGCUGCAAGUCCAAGGUCAAGGCCCAAGAGACUCGUGUCCCCAGCUCAUGGGCAAUGUCUCUCUGAGUCCUCAGUGAUAGGAGCAUAGACUCCUCCCUCAGGCCUCUUCUAACACCGUAUGAACACCAUUCAUGAGGCUCCCCUCUGUCACCUAGUCACCUCCAAAGGGCCCUCCCUCUCUAGGGCAAGGAGUCCAAAGUGAAUUAUGGGUGACACAUUCAGGCCACAGUACCCGUCUGUCAGCCUCUGUACCUCAGGGUGGCUUUCACUCCACCUCCCAUCUUGGGAUAGUUUCUGAUGUUUUUAGUUUCUGUAAUAAAGGCUGGAGAGAGUGGAUCUUCUCUGCUGCCAUCCCUGCACACGCACAAUUCCAAGCGAUUUCAGUGAAGUCAUGGGGGCCUGAUCCCCUGUGGUGUGUGAUUUAAUAAAAAGUCCGAGGAAGA